AUGUGGAGCUACGUUCCAUUUUCUUUUGCAAUUAUAGCGAUUUCUUUAUUUUGCCAUCGUACUUUUAAUGAGCCUAUCAGUAUUAUCGAAAAUGCGAGUGAAUCUUAUGAUUAUAUUGUGGUUGGAGCCGGGACAGCCGGAUGUGUUAUGGCAUCUCGAUUAUCAGAAAAUCCAAAUUCGUCCGUUUUGCUUGUAGAAGCUGGUGGCUAUUUCGAUUGGAUUUCUUCAGUUCCACUUGCAGCCCCUCUGAUGAUUAAUUCACAUAUGGAUUGGGCUUAUAAAACCGAACCCCAAUGGUAUUCUUCAAAAGGAUUUCGAGAUCAGAGACAAAACUGGCCUCGCGGAAAGGGACUGGGCGGCAGUGGCCAAAUAAAUUUCCUAGUUCACUCUUUUGGAAGACCAGAGGACUUUUCGAAAUGGCCCGGGGGUUGGUCAUAUUUUGAUUUGCAACCUUAUUUUAAAAAAGUCGCAGCUAUAAUGAAUGUGAGGAAAGUUACAUCAGAUGAGGAAUUAGUCAAGGCAGUUUUGGGGGCUGGCAAAAGUUUGAAAAAUGAGGGAGAAAACUUUUGGAUAGCUAGUGACACUUUGAGCGAUGGAAGCAGAUGGAGCACAUAUCACGCCUAUUUACAAAGAGCCUGGAAUCGAAAAAAUCUUCAUAUUUUACCGAAAACUCUCGUCAUGAAGGUGAAUUUGGAUCUGAAUUCAAAAAUCGAGGGCGUAGUUCUAAAAUACGAGAAUGGAACUAUAGCGAGAGUUAUUGCAAAAAAGGAAGUUGUUCUUUCUGCUGGAACUAUUAGUACACCUCAAUUAUUAAUGUUGUCGGGAAUUGGACCUGCAACGGAACUCGAAAGACACAAGAUACCUGUUAUUAAAGAUAUUUCUGGAGUAGGCCAAAAUCUUUUUGAUCAUUUAUAUACACCAAUUUAUGUAAAUCUUGAAGCCCCGGUCAGCUUUACAGUGAAAAAAAUUCAAUCCAUGUCAACCGUAUUAAAAUAUUUUCUUUUUGGAACAGGAAUGUUGGCAAGUAAUGGAGUAAUGGCGAUAGGUCGUGUCAACAAUAGUGGAUUUUUACUAUUUGGGAGCGGUUCUGCCGACGAAAAAUUGUUAAAAGAUAUUGCAAAUUAUCAAACUGAGGUUUUCAGAUCUCUCUUCCCUUCAUACAAAAACACUUCACAUGAAGGCUUUAUUUUUAUGACUAGCUGUUUUCAACCAAAAAGUCGAGGAAAUAUUACUCUGAGGUCUAAUAAUAUUUUGGAUUAUCCUGCAAUCGACCCUUCAUAUUUGGAGGAUGAUGAGGAUGUGAAAUGUUCCCAAGAAGCUAUAAAACUAGCAUUGAAAACUCUGGAUACGGUCGAAUUUCUAAAAUUGGGUGCUAAAGUUCACGUUCCUAAUUUGACGGAGUGUCAAUAUUUUCCACAAAAUUAUUGGGAUGAUAAUUUUUCUGAGUGUGUCAUCAGGAUAUCAGCGUAUGGGAGCCAUCAUCCUAGUGGUACUUGCAAAAUGGGAACCGGAAACGAUUCAGUAGUCGAUUCUCAACUUCGUGUUAAAGAUAUCCUGGGCUUGCGAAUAGUUGAUGCGAGUGUUUUCCCUGCACCAGUUUCAGGAAAUCCCAACAGUGUGAUAAUCGCAAUGGCAGAAAGGGCGGCCGAUUUCAUAUCUUCGAAUAAAAAAUGAUAGAUGCUAAUUUUAUAAUAAAAAUCAAUCAAAAAUUUUUUUUAGAAUUUUGAGUUUGGAAAAAU